AUGGCUGGACAGCACAGCCGCAAAGGGAAGGAGCCCGAACAAACUCAGACACCAGCUGCCGGCCCUGCUCCCGCUGCUGAACCACUGGCGUCCUCCCAGGUGAUCCAUGGCAGCCGACCGCCAGUUACCCGGUCCGUAAUGCCCCUAGAGGAUUUCAAGACGUUCCUCGCUACCGAGAAAGUCCUCUGGGAAGAUCCCACGGCCCGGUCGUUCGACGAGCAUGGCAAGCCCGUCUUCCGUCCCGAUCUGCACUACGCCAUUUUGCGUCAAAAGGAGCUGCUGUGGCCACAGCAGCAGCAGCAACAGCAGCAACAGAACUUGGGUUUGGUCCCCCAGGUCGGCCACUUCCCCGCCUGCGACACGGGCAUUAUGCACCAGAAUCUGCUGCGCGGUCCGCAGCCUUGCUUUUCGAGCCUACAAACGGUCGAGGAAACGGGCUACACGCCCCAGUUCCUCACGUACCAGCCCAUAAUUCAACUUCGACAGGGCAACGCCGAUCCGGGCCUUUGCGGGCAUUAUGAUGCCGCGCUUGGGGGUCAGCUAAUGAAUGGAGGCGGCUGGAUGGUUUGGGAAGGCUCUGUCUUUGAACGAGGGGGCGACACGGGGUCCUUUACGAACGUCGACCCCAGCUUGCUCAACAGGCAGGGCCACUUGGGCUCGGUGCAAGACGCGGACCCCUCGGACCAGGAUGACUCAAGCACUUCGUAUCUUCCUCUGGGACGAUGGUAG